ACUGCUAUUCAGACGGAAAUAGAAACUCAACACUAGCAGUUGACUGUCCUGAGAGUAAACUCCGCCACUGCCGGGAAAAAUUAAAUUCAGAAUGGAUACACAGUUUCGGGCUUUAGGUGGAAAUCCAAUUGCUCCAGAAUUGGCCAUAAAUCUAAGGCAGUUCAUUUUUGGGACAGCAGCAGUGCCGGUUAGAUGUGAAUGGACUACAACAGCCUUGAAUUUUGCUCCACCAAAGGAAGAGCAUGCUUAUGGAUUGGUAUCACCUCGGAAUGGAACCCGAGGAUUAUUGUCCGUCCUGCAAGGAUUUAUUUUAAAAAAUUUACUUUUCAAACGGUCAUUGUCACGCAUUUUGGGAGGAGGUCCUCCACCUGCCGACCUGCUACGUCCUAGCGAAGAACAGCAAAUUGAUGCCUUAAUCGCAUCCAUGGUGGAAAUUUUAACUCAAAUAUCCGAAGCCGAUAAAUUUAUUGUGGCCCUGCCUGGGGAAGAGUCCUUCAUUGCUCACAGCAUCACAUACUUUCAGGACGCAAUCACAGAAAAACUCUAUUUGUUUCAGCUUGAUUCGAAAGGGGCCUUAGAAACGUUCCUUAAACGUAAUAUACACUUCUACACGGCCGAAGAUUGCCCAGGUGCCAUGCUGUUCCUGUACAGUGCAGUUUUGACAAGAACUAUAGAAAAAACUCGGUCAGACAUGGAUAUUAAAGGACCAGGAACAGUUUCUUUGGUCGGAAACAAAGAAGAGGGCUCUUUAAAUAUAGUAACUUUACUAUUGACUGGAAGAGCUACUCCAUACAUUCAUAACGGUGUUAUUCAUGCGGGCGAUGAAAAUAGCUAUGCUGCUCCACAAUAUGGUACUUUAAAUCGGUGCUCAAUUGGAUUGCUUCUUUGGGAAAACGAAAAGAAGCAGACAACAAUUCUACAACCUGGGUCACGUUUAAAAACACCACACCUUCCAAUAUGGAUAACCAGUUGCAUUGGAUAUUUUGGAGUAGUUUUCAACAAUAACCAAGAUCUUCUCAGAAAUUACCAUGCAGAAAGUCGGUUCGAUUUGGUUUACUACAGUUGCUCUGGUAAUGAAGUUUCGAUGACAAUUGACAACAGAGGAUUAAAGGAGUUUAAUGCGGCUAUGGACAACCAAAAAGCUGAAAGUACUUCAAGUAGUUUGUCUGGCCCUGCUCCUACUGAGGGAAAAGAGGAGCUCAUGAACACGCCACUAAUUCACUUGAUACAUACAAAGUGGGGAGAUGCUUAUAUCACUUUUCACUGUCCCACUUCGGUCGUUCGUUGUUUAUUCAGCAAUUAAAUGAAAUAAAUACUGCACUUAUAAGUACUUGUACCCAAGAGUAUAUGUACAUGAAAAAGUAAUUCUGAUUAAAACAAUUAUUAAAAUGCACUGCAGUGUGAAAACUGAUACACUUUUAACGUAUGAAUUUAUUAACUCCAAGCUUAAACACCUUAAGAAAAAUUAAUAAAUGCUUCAAAUCAAAGUAAUGUGAA